GUUUUAUUUUGUCAAACCGUGUGAAUAUUUUUUGAUUAAUUCCAUUUACAAUUUUCAAAUAGCACACAGAUCUCUCUGUUUCUCAGCAGCAUCGCAAGGAUCAUUCUCAUUCACUUAGCGUUUCUCCCAAUGCUUCUCUAAAAUCAUCUGUACCCUCGUAUCACUCAUGGGUUUCAAAGCAAACCCUACGGGUUUCAUCACCCGCCUUCUUCUCGUCUCCACCAUCUUCUUCUUCAUCUUCGUUUCCGCCAUCUCAGCACAGGAUUCUGGGGUUGAUAAUGAGAAGCAGGAAUCAGAAGUAUUUCGUAAAGAGCUAGGCCGUCGUGGAAUGAUUGGAACUGAAAAAAUUGGAAUUGAUGCUGCUAGUGAAGAACUUGGUGCUCUUGGUUUGAACCUCGAAUCAACUGGCCCUGGUGUAUUUGACGCAUUGUUUUCGAGUUUCUCCAUGAUUCUUGUGACCGAGAUUGGCGAUGAGACGUUUAUAAUAGCUGCAUUGAUGGCUAUGCGACACCCGAAAGCUACUGUUUUGUCGGGUGCACUUUCAGCUUUGUUUGUUAUGACUAUACUUUCCACUGGACUUGGUAGGAUAGUGCCAAAUUUGAUAUCGAGGAAGCACACCAACAGUGCAGCUACAGUUCUCUAUGCAUUUUUCGGUUUGCGACUACUCUACAUUGCUUGGAGGUCUAGUGAUUCAAAGUCACAUCAGAAGAAGGAAAUGGAGGAAGUUGAAGAGAAGCUUGAGUCAGGCCAAGGGAAAACACCUUUCCGUCGCUUAUUCUCAAGAUUUUGUACUCCAAUAUUUCUAGAGUCUUUUAUCUUAACCUUUCUCGCCGAAUGGGGAGACCGUAGCCAGAUUGCUACCAUAGCUUUGGCUACACACAAGAACGCGAUAGGAGUAGCCAUAGGUGCAUCAGUAGGACACACGAUUUGUACAUCACUGGCGGUUGUUGGAGGAAGCAUGUUGGCUUCAAGGAUCUCACAACGCACCGUCGCAACUGUAGGAGGCUUGCUCUUCCUCGGCUUUUCAGUCUCUUCUUAUUUCUAUCCUCCACUAUAGUCAGUCAAUUUGCAAAAGUUAUGGCAUCUUUCUGCAACGUAAAUGUGCGAAAAUGGAUGUUAUAAGACAUUGUCUAAGUAAAGUAUCUCUCUGCUUUUUGGUUUUUUUGUUCCUUUGAUUUUGUAUGAGUUUGAUGGCCAAACCAAGUAAAAUACAAAGCCAAUGUCUUUGUCAAGUGUAACAAACCUAAUUAUGUAAGUUUUGGACAAUACGAUUGGUUGAAUCACAUUUUUGAGGUUUGCCUUAA